CCACAGACGCGGAUGUUCAUCUUCAUCAGCGUCGGAUGCCAGCCAAAAUAUGCGACUGGCCCCUCCUUGCGUCCCUCGUGCUACAUCCGUAUAUGCUUCGCCACCCGUAUCGCUCACACACACACACACACACACACACACACACACACACAUGUAACCAUGAAUCCUUUGUGUUAAAUUAUGUUCAAUUGUGGCAUGUUGCCAAUGGCAACAUUAACAUUUACAUUUGCCGCUGUCUUCGCUACUUUUACUAUUCCCCUUCCUCCGGUGGCAUUGGCAAAAGUGAGGGCGUUUUGCACAGCAUAACACUGUGUGCAGUAUUUUCACAUGACGAGGGAAAAACUAGCAUGAAAUUGGAUGAAAGCCAAUACUUAAGAGGAUCAUAUUUCACACAACUUAGAGAGACAGAGAGAGAGCGAGAGAAAAAUACAUCGUUUACUGUUUUUAAUGCUCGUUCAUUAACAACAAACAAAUGCCAGUCCGCCAGCCAGUGCCAGGAAAAUAAGAGAACAAAACGGGAUUUAACUCCAAACUGCAGCAAGACAGCAAUACUGGCAAGAAAUGCAAAUAAAAUGAAAUUUUGUUUACUGCAGGCUUCCAUGGAAAUGGGGCAAUUCAUUAAUGGAUUUAUGGUUAAUUACAAAUCCACCACGAAAGGCGAUGUACAUGUAUUUUUUAUUUGGCCAAUGAUUGCAAUCCGAGUCGAGUUUAAGAAGGCAUGCUGCAGAGCAACAUCACAUCGCAAGUAAUAGCGCUUUAAGUUUGGCUGGGUAGAAUCUUAGGUUAGGUUAGAUUAGGUUGGAAAGAGCAUGCAGAUAUUAAUCCGCACCUUACCACUAUGGACAUACACCUAAGCCAAUAAUCGGCCUGUUGUGCGCUCUAAGUACUAAAAAAUAACCUCGAAAAAGAAAAUGUAGGUCAGGAGUUCCGUGCAACCAACAAAAUUCUUAAUUGUUCUCCAAUCUACAGGUGUCUGUAAACCGCUAAA